CAUAUACACCAGAAUUUCUCCAUAUAUAUAUAUAUAUAUAUAUAUUUAUUUUCCUCUCUCUCUUUGUCUAUAAUGAAAAUGGCUAUUACUCCUUCUUCACCAAAGAUCCUUCCUUCUGCCCAAAUUUUCUCAAUCAAAUUCUCACAUUCAUCCACCUUAAUUUUUGUAAAGUUCAAAACUUUCAUCCACACUAUCAUCUUCUCUCAAUUUUGUCGAUUGGCUCGAGCCAUCUCCCGAGCCAAAUCGACAGUGGUUCAUAUUCUAAAGAAAAGUUAUCACUACAAGGACAAGAAAAAGAACAAGAUCUUUUUCGGAUCGUUUAGGCUCCAUUACAAUUGGUGUUCUUCCCAUGUAAUGCCCGUGCCCGAUCCCAUAUGGGAAUUAGGUCAUUUCUACUACGACCAUGCCACCUCCACAGCUGCCGAUGGCUCGCAACUGUCGGGAUAUUUGCAGUGGUUGGAAGAGAGAAAAUUGGAGAGUGAAACAAUGACGACGACCACAACGGCGACAACGGCAGAGGUGAAUGAGAUCGACAAAUUGGCGGAGAUGUUCAUUGCAAGCUGCCAUGAGAAAUUCAGGUUGGAGAAACAAGAAUCUGCUAGGAGAUUUCAAGCAAUGAUGGCUAGAAGCAUGUGAAGCAAAAAUUUGAGAAAGAAAAAGAAAAUAGUUGAAAGGUUUUUGGGGAUUGUGGCAAAUUAUUAAUAGAUGAAGAAGGUGAGUUUGGAGGGGGUGCGUGGUAAUGUUUUUGUGAAAUUAUUAUUGUUUAAUGUAAAUUAUUUGGGGGUGGAAUUAAUCAUUUUCAUCAUAUCCAAAAUUAAGCUAGUUAAUUAAAUUAGUUUUCUUUAGGAUAUAUAUGUGUGUGUGUGUUUUCUUUUGAAAUAUUUCUCAUGUUUUAGUUACACAA